AAGAGCUUGGCGCUUGGCGCGGCCGGGCGCUAAGAUGGCGGCGGCGUGAGUUGCAUGUUGUGUGAGGAUCCCGGGGCCGUCUCGUUGCUCCGGCCCCGCCAUGGCCGUCACCAUCACGCUCAAAACGCUGCAGCAGCAGACCUUCAAGAUUCGCAUGGAGCCUGAUGAGACGGUGCGGGCCGGGCCAGAGCCCCGGGUAAAGGUAUUGAAGGAGAAGAUAGAGGCUGAGAAGGGCCGCGAUGCUUUCCCGGUUGCAGGACAGAAGCUCAUCUAUGCCGGCAAGAUCCUGAGCGAUGAGGUUCCCAUUAGGGACUACAGAAUCGAUGAGAAGAACUUUGUGGUCGUCAUGGUGACCAAGGCCAAAGCUGGCCAGGGUACCUCAGCACCCCCAGAGGUCUCACCCACUGCUGCCCCUCUGGAGUCCUCUGCACCCUUCCCGACUGUCCUUGCCUCAGGCAUGUCCCAGCCCCCACCCACCAGCAGAGAGGACCAGAGCCCAUCGGAGGAGUCUGCCACUACAACAUCACCUGAGUCUGUGUCAGGCUCUGUUCCCUCUUCAGGUAGCAGCGGGCGAGAGGAAGACGCGGCCUCCACGCUAGUGACCGGCUCUGAGUAUGAGGCCAUGCUGGCAGAGAUCGUGGCCAUGGGCUACGAGCGUGAGCGGGCGGUGGCCGCCCUGAGAGCCAGCUACAACAACCCACACCGUGCUGUGGAGUAUCUGCUCACGGGAAUUCCGGGGAGCCCCGAGCCUGAGCACAGUGCCGUCCAGGAGAGCCAGGUGCCCGAGCCUCCAGCCACAGAAGCAGCUGGAGAGAACCCCCUGGAGUUCUUGCGGGACCAGCCCCAGUUCCAGAACAUGCGGCAGGUGAUCCAGCAGAACCCGGCACUGCUGCCCGCCUUGCUCCAGCAGCUGGGCCAGGAGAACCCUCAGCUGCUGCAGCAAAUCAGCCGGCACCAGGAGCAGUUCAUCCAGAUGUUGAACGAACCCCCUGGGGAGCUGGCGGACAUCUCCGACGUGGAGGGGGAGGUGGGUGCCAUUGGGGAGGAGGCCCCACAGAUGAACUACAUCCAGGUGACACCCCAGGAAAAGGAAGCUAUCGAGAGGUUGAAGGCCCUGGGCUUCCCAGAGAGCCUUGUGAUCCAGGCCUACUUCGCAUGUGAGAAAAAUGAGAACCUGGCUGCCAACUUCCUCCUGAGUCAGAACUUUGAUGACGAGUGACGCUGGGAGGCCAGGCCGCCCCCCACCCCCAUCCCCAUUCCACAAAAGUUUUAUAAAAGAAAAGAAUAUAUCUAUAUACAUAUUCAUGUUUAUUUAAGGAGUGGAAAAAUCAAAAACUUAAAAAAAACGAAAAAAAAAGCCAACCCAGGUUCCCACCCUCCUAGAGGGCCCCACCCCCACCUCCAUCCAAGAGGACCUGGGCCGACAGCUGCCUCAUCCUCCCGGCCCAGCCUGCUCUAAGCUGCUGGCAGGGCCGUAAGGCAGCAGAUGGACCCCUCUUGGCCUCUGUCCCAGCUCUCUGCAGCCAGAUGGAGAGGCAGCAGCUCGCUUCCCCAUCCCCCCCCAAAGUACCCCUGCCCCGCCCUCUUCCAGAAUGAGGGGAAGCUGGAGCCCCAAACUUUGAUCCUCCACUGGACUAGCUCAAGUCUUUCCAUCUGGGAUGAGCCCCAAAAGGCCCCAGGCCCCUCCGCCCCUCCCCGCUCUGGCCUUGGCCUCCAGCCUGGGGAUGAAGGAACAUCAGCUCUGGAGGCCAAGGCCAGCUCCACCCCACAACAGAACCGCAUCUCUGAUAAAGGUUUUGAAGUGAAUAAAGUUUUAAAAACCA